GGAGAGUAGGAGAUACAGGGACUCGGAACAGGUUGCAGACGACUCACGAAGGAGGGGAGUGGAAGAGGAUGAGGUGUGUUUAUUUGUUUGCACUGCUGUAUCGGAUCACAAUGCCGAGUCCUCAAUAUGCUUCGACACGUGCCGCAACUUCUCUUUUCGACUCUGGCGCCAGCAUCCUUGCUGUCGCAAAUCUAUCCAAAUUUCUAUCCAUGUAUCAAUGCUAGAAUCCCUGCACACUCAAAGCAUCGCUGUUCUGGUCAACAAGACACGCUCUCGAGGUUCAACUCGAAAAGCAAGGGGAGAAGACUCAAAGUUAAAGGGCCCUAAAUUUGUCCGCAAUGAAUGUCUCCCCGCCUCUGAGCCGACUGGAAUCAUAGGCUAUUAAUAAAUUCAUUCUAGACGUGACCUCGUGAAUCUUAUCUACCGCUGAAUUGUCCAGAUGCACAAACAAUUCAAUCUGCACUCCACUGCGAUAAUAUCUGUUUUUCGAAUUCUAUGGCAUUUGUGUUCUAUCUUCCCCCACCUUCGAUCCCUGCUCGCCGAUCCUUCGAUAUACUUUGAGGUUUUGCGACGAAUGUGGAACGCCUUUGCUCAGACCACUGCCUUCGAUUGAAGGAGACUGCGCCUUGCAUGACGAUGGAUAGCAGUGGAAUUAAUCACUGAUUUUUAGUGGUCCCGCGUUGCUCAACUUACGCGUCUUAUGAUCCUGUUCCUGACUCUCCAUCGCGCCUGUACAUGAUUAUUAUUUCCGGUUAUCCCUCCUCAGGAUAUAUAAAGGGCGCACUGCUCUCGACGACCCCCAGAAUCUGAUUCCCACUCCCCACCAGCCUAUCAAUGCAGUUCAACUUCUUCGCUCUCGUCACCGUCCUUGCCGUAGGUAUCACCUCUGCCCAGGCCGCCUGUGUCAUCGUUGAAGGUGACGCUAGUGCUUGCCCGGCACCCAACUGGGUUGUUUGUGGACCCCUUGUCGUUGGGGAGACCAAGUGCUGCCCGCCGGGUACUCACAUCUGCCCUCUGUAAUCGCGAAUAGAAGCAUUUGUGGAAUAGUCUCAUUGUACGGCGGUUUUCGUAUCAGAAAUCCGUCUUGAUCAUGUCCGUCUUGGCUUAAGUAGUUAUGAG